AUGUCAAUUUUAAGUACAUCUCCAGCGAAAUCAUUUUUGAAUAGAAAGAAGCAUAAUAGUCAAUCAGAGAUACAGAUAUCUCAAUCUGUACAAUAUCACAGCUCAAAUAAAGUCAACAACAAGGACUUUUGUAACUCGUUUUGGGGCCAGGAUAGCAGCGGAACGGGAUUUGAUAUUUUAACUAACAAAAUUAAAUCAAGCGCUAAAACGAUUGAUGAUUUAAAGUUAUUCUGGAAAGAAAGAGCUUCGAUUGAGGACGAUUAUGCUAGAAAACUAGCAAAACUAUCGCGAUUUCUCGUUGGUUCAAAUGAAACUGGCGCUAUCAGAGAUAGCCUUGAUACUCUCAGCGUCGAGUUAGAACAAACAUCACAGAAUCAUUUCAAUUUAAGUCAAAACAUGCGUAGGGAAUUGGAAGUUCCAACUUCUGACUGGUCAAAUCGUAUGUCUAAUUUUAAGAAGACAUCCCUAGCUUCAAUCGAGAAGAAGUACAAGGUUUUGCAGACUCAAGAGAGUUACGUCGAUAAGGCUAAGGCUAAAUACACGGACAACUGCGUCUCUAUCAAUACCUUCACUGCACAGAAAUCACUCCUUCAAGGUAAAGAUUUAGAAAGAGUCGACGGUAAACUUGAUAAAGCAAAAUCGGCAGUUGGUGCCAAUGAGCGCGACUAUAUCAACUUUGUUAGGGCUUUGUCGGACACACGUAAACGUUGGGAAGCUGACUGGCGCUUGUUUUGCGAUCAAUGCCAAGAUGAAGAAGAGGAAAGAAUCGAAUUCAUUAAAACUAACAUGUGGGAAUACGCCAAUGAAGUAUCGACCGUCUGCGUUGCUGAUGAUGAGUCUUGCGAGAAACUUAGGCAAGCACUUGAGCAGGUCGACCCUGAUCUUGAUAUUGAAAUCUUCGUUGAUGAAAGUAUGACUGGUAACACACUUCCAGAACAACCAACAUUUGUUGAUUUCUCACGUGAAACGCAAGCACCUUCACCUGCUCCUAGAUAUGCCGCCUUCCAUAGAAACAGUGUCCGCCCGUUGGAUGUGCCAAAGGAAGCACCACGCGCUUUGGCAUCGAAUAACCAAGCACCAAAGCAAGAAGUGGUAGCUGAGAAGCCACCACCACCAUCUCCAAAGAAGCACACCGUUAUCGAAGAGCCGAAAGUACAGAAGGCACCACCAAGAGAUCCUAAGAAUGAUGAGAAUAAGCCUUUCAAGGUACCUCAACUUCCAGCUCGCAGUGCUGAUCGUCCAGCAGCUCCUAAGAAGGAGGAUGUUGCACCACCAAAGCCAGAAAAGGAAGAGAAGAGCUCUGAGAGUGGGGACGUGGAUGAAUUGGCUGCUGCUCUUGCACAAUUAAGAAAUGCACCACCAGUUACAGGUAACUUACGUGCGAAUGUCGCUGCACAAGCUGAGAAGAAACCGCGUUCAAGACCAGUAUCACAACAAUCUGCUUCUACACAACCAGCUUUAGUACCACCUGGAUCACAAAUGCCAGUCAAUCAAAACCAAAACAAGAUGUAUCAAGGAUUGGACGCAUCUCAAAUCCAAGCACUUCAAAUUCAGCAAAAAUAUGCACCACAUACAACACCACCUUUCCCAGCAAUGAUGCAGAGACCUGCAUCUAGUCAGUCAACUGCUGGUGGACCUGUUGAAGAUGUUUUGACCACUUACCAUCAACAAUUACCGCACGAGCGGUCACGUCGUAACUCUAAAAUGGAGCAACAAUCGCAAGGUACCACCCCACAGACAGUGUCACCUGGACCAACGAAUGCUAGACCUUUAUCGGCAAUGGGUAGAUCACCAUCAAGAGAAGGUUUUGCAGGUAUUGGUGCUAAUGGAGCCGGUAGUAGGCAACCAUCACCCAGUAUAAGUGCAGCUUCACCUCAGAGAUCAGCGACACCACUUGGAAUAUCCUUGAAUGCUUCUGGAGAGGUUGCUCAUGAUCAAAAGGCAGAGGAAUGGAAGGAGAAGAGACGUUCAGUGUCUCCAUCGCCUACACCUGCUCCGGUUUCUCAAUCUAACAUGAUGCCUGCCCAACAACAACAGCAAAUGCAACAAGCGCAAGCUUACUAUCAAUACCAAAUGAUGCUUGCGCAGCAAUCUCAGCAACAGCCACAACAAGCCCAACAACCGCAACAUCCACAAGCUCCAAAUCCUUAUCAACAAUAUCAACAGUAUUAUCCAUAUCCUGGUCAACAGCAAAUGCCACAACAGCCUUAUGUUAUGACAAAUACACCUGGACCAGGAUAUAACCCACAGUUUGCAACGUCUGGAACGCCUGCACCAAUGUUAAAUGCUUAUCAACAACAACAGCAAAGGGCACCAUCACCAUCACCUACACCAGCUUAUAGUAUGUCAGUUACACCAGGACCGCAACAGCAGCCACAACAAGCACCAUUUGUACCAUCAAUUCAAACUCAACAAUUAUCUCAAACACCUCAACCAUUAAGUAGUGCUAGCGGAACAUCACAACAACAAAUGUAUAGACAACCUUCACCUGGACCAACGCCAAGACCAAUUUCAACUAGUCCUGCAAAAGAGCCAGUCUUAUUCCAUGUUAAGGCAUUAUACGAUUACCAAGCACAAACUGCAGAAGAGUUUGACUUUAAAGCUGGUGACGUGAUUGCAGUAUUCAAGACACCUGAAGACGGUUGGUGGACAGGUCAGUUGCUAAAUGAAUCUAGAUAUGUACCAGGAAAGACACUUUUCCCUUCAAAUUUCGUUUCUUUGUUUUAA